UAUCAAAUUUCGUCUGCUACUACGAAGUUGAAGUCUUGAAGUUGCUUGAGUUGAACAUGUGUUCACAUUGUUAAUCUUUGAAUUUACAUUCGUCAUUUUAUUUCACUAACCAUGGACAUAUUCAGCGACGACUCGAAAAUGAAGGUGAAAGUUUUGGUGCGAAAUCCUGACGACUACUUGCGUGAAACAAAACGAGACAUCCAUAAAUUACCCAGGAAUUAUGAUCCAGCAUUACAUCCAUUGGAAGCUCCUAGAGAAUAUACUCGUGCACUGAAUGCAGUCAAAUUGGAGAGAGUUUUCGCCUUGCCUUUUAUUGGCUGCCUCGACGGUCAUCGUGAUGGAUUGUCUUGCCUAGGCAAAACUCCAGAUCACUUAUCAUGGUUGUACAGUGGAGCCUGUGAUGGAGAGCUGAAAUUGUGGGAUGUUGCCAAACGGAGAGUAUUGUGCACAGUCCAAGCUCACGAUGGAUUUGUGAGAGCCAUUGCAUACAGCCAAGAAUCUUCAUCUUUAUACACAGUUGGAGACGACAAACUUAUCAAGCAGUGGAAAUCUGAAGCAGAAGAUGGCAGUGAUUUAAAGGCCCCAGUAAACACAAUUUUGACUGGUGGCAUGCUGACAGGCAUCAGUCCUCAUCGGUCAAAACCAAUUCUGGCCACAUGUGGUGAAGCUUGUAAUUUGUGGGAGCAUACUCGCGCCCAACCUAUCAAGACUUUCCAGUGGGGUGUUGACAGCUUACAGAGCAUCAAAUUCAAUCAAGUUGAAGAAAAUAUUUUAGCUGCCUGCGGCAGUGAUCGCAGUAUCAUCUUAUAUGACAUGAGGGAGUCGGUUCCUCUGAGGAAAGUCGUUCUGAAGAUGCGCAGCAAUUCUAUUUGUUGGAAUCCCAUGGAAGCCUUCAUCUUCACGGUUGCCAACGAAGAUUACAAUUUGUACACAUUUGACAUGCGGAAUCUCAAUUCACCGCUCAACGUCCACAGUGAUCACGUCUCAGCCGUCAUCGAUGUCGACUAUUCCCCGACUGGCAAAGAGUUUGUCAGCGCCAGUUACGACAAGACGGUCCGCAUCUACGAUGCCCGUCAGGCUCAUUCGAGAGAUAUUUACCACACAAAGCGCAUGCAGCGACUAACCUGCGCUGCCUGGUCUCUAGACGACCGUUUCAUCUUCUCCGGCUCGGAUGAAAUGAACAUCCGCAUCUGGAAAGCUCGUGCCGCUGAGAAACUUGGAGUGGUCAAACCUCGAGAGAAGACAGCCCUGCGAGUCAACGCCAAAUUGAUUGAAAAAUUCGAACACCAUCCACACAUCAAGAAGAUUCAGCGCCACCGACAUGUGCCCAAACACGUAUACAACGCCCGGAACGAAUUACGAAGUGGCCGGAUUGCAGCCAGACGAAAGGAAUUCAACGUCCGUACUCACACGAAACGGCAAAAGCCCAUCAUAUCCGAAAAGGUCAAAGCGAUCGUUUCGGAGCAGCAAUGAAUGUUUAUUUCAUUUCCUAUUUUUCUUUCGACCAACCGUGCUGCUGCUGUUGCUGCUGUCCAUCUCUGCUUUUGCCCGACCGAUGCGAAUGGCAGCACCCUCGCUGCUGCUUUAAUGGAUUUCCUUCUCGUGUGUACAAUUUACAUAAUUCUUUCGAAACCGGGAGGCUUUCUCGUCUACAUCUGCCUAAUGGUCUGGAUGAGGAUCGUUCCAAAGAUAAUACAAAAGAAAGGAAAA